CACGUGCUAUUAACUUGUAAACAUUUAAAAAUAUUUGCCAAAUUAUGGCCGACGAUGUAGGCCAAGAUAAACGCAAGCAGCAUCGUGCACGUCAGUCUGGCGUCAAGGCUGACAAAAAGAAGCUGAAAACUAAGAAAGAUGCUAACCAAAAAGAGCCCGAGCUGACUGCGCGCCAACGCAAUCCGAAAGCCUUUGCGAUUAACUCGGCACAAAGAGCUGAGCGAAAUUUCCGGCGCAAGGAGGAUCUCACAGCCAAGAAGCAACACAUACCUGUGGUGGAUCAGACGCCAGAUGAGCCGCCACCAGUGCUAAUAGCCGUUGUGGGUCCGCCGAAGGUGGGCAAAACGACAUUGAUAAACAAUCUUAUCAAGAGUUUCACGCGCACAAAUGUGACCGAAAUACGCGGUCCCAUUACCAUAGUGACAUCAAAGAAGCGCCGCAUUACGCUGCUGGAAUGCAACAAUGACAUCAACUCCAUGAUUGAUGUUGCCAAGUGCGCAGAUUUGGUGCUGCUGCUUUGCGAUGCCAGUUAUGGCUUUGAAAUGGAGAUUUUUGAAUUUCUUAAUAUUUGCCAGGUGCAUGGCAUGCCCAAGAUAAUGGGCGUGCUUACCCAUCUGGAUAUGAUUAAGAACACUAAACAGUUGCGUAAGCGCAAGAAAGAACUGAAGCACCGCUUCUGGACUGAAGUCUACGAUGGCGCCAAAUUGUUCUAUUUAUCCGGACUGCUGCAUGGCGAGUACUUGCGCAACGAGAUCAAGAAUUUGGGACGCUUUAUCUCCGUUAUGAAAUUCCGACCGCUGCAAUGGCGUGGCGCACACAGUUAUCUACUCGUGGACCGCAUGGAGGAUGUCACCAACACAGAUACUGUGCGCCGCAAUCCCAAAUGCGAUCGCGAGGUAGUGCUCUAUGGCUAUGUGCGUGGUGUACCGCUUAAGCAGGAGCACAUGGUGCAUAUUGCAGGCCUGGGAGAUGCACGCAUCGAUGAGCUAAGCGUCAUUCCCGAUCCGUGUCCACUGCCUGGCACUGAGAAGAAACGCAGUCUCUUGGAAAAAGAGCGUUUGCUUUAUGCGCCCAUGUCGGGUGUGGGCGGCAUUGUCUAUGACAAAGAUGCGGUCUACAUAGAGCUGCAAGGCUCGCACUCGCACAAAGAGAAAACAGCCGAAGCAACGGAGCAGGAGGCGCUGGUUAGCAAGCUGAUAGACAAAAAAUCAACCAUGGAUGAGCAAAUUGAGCAACAGGAAUUCCGUCUCUUCUCUGAUGCUGCGCCCAUUAAAUCCAAGGACUUUAAAAGCGACGAUGAGGCUUCUGGAUCUGACGAUGAAGCUGAAGCCGAUGAUUCUGGCUUAGAUGCAGCCUCCAGCGACGAGGAGGAUGAGUUUGCAGCGAAAGAUUGGCGUGGCGAAAGCAGUGAUGAGGAGCAGGAUGCUGAACAAGAUAGCGAGGAUGCGUCCUCUGGCGAUGAGGAGUAUCAAAGCUUGACAGACAUGAAAGGCGGAGAUGAAGAGUCGGAUGAGUCCGAUGAUGAAGAGUCGCGCAUAUUGGCCAGCAAUAUGAGCUGGAAGACGAAUUUGGCGCAGAAAGCGCAAGAUGCUUUUCUACAACGUCACUCGGAGUCCCGUAACCUCAUGCGAAUUGUUUAUGGCGUAUAUAAUCAAAGCGAGCGCAACAAGCAAGAGGCAGAUGAACAAGGUGGAGAUUCUGACGAAGAGCUGGGUGGUCUAUUUCGCGUGGCCUCCAAGCAGCAGACUGAGCUGCAGAAGGAUAAGGAUAUACGUGACAAGGAGGAGCGCUGCGGAUUCGAGUAUCAGGGCGAUGCCACAAGAGAUUGGCUAUCCGAUGAGAACAAGCUGCUGAUUAAGAACUGCUUUGUUACUGGUAAAUGGAAGGCUUCCGAAGAUGCAGAGAAUUUGCUCAAGUUGGAUGACAUGAGCGAUAACGACAGUGAGGUCUAUGGCGACUUUGAGGAUCUAGAAACUGGUGCACAACAUAGUGGCAAGCCCAAAAAUGAUGACGAUGCUGAGAAAGAAGUUGCACCAGAAUCUGCUGACGCCAGCCUUGGCAAACGCAGGAUGACGCGCGUCGAGGAGGAGAACCUCACCAAAACUGAGCUUAUGGCCAAGAAGAUGAAGCUUAAAGCAAAGUUCGAUGCUGAGUACGACAAUAGUGGCGAAAAGGGUGAAGAAGAGGGUCGUAUAACUGGCGAUCAUGGCUUCUACGAUGACCUCAAGGCGGAGGCUCAAAAGCAAAGUGAGCUCAACAAGAGUGAGUUUGCUCAUUUGGACAAUGAGCUGCGUAUACAAAUUGAAGGCUAUCGCGCUGGACUAUACGUACGCUUGGGUUUUAACAACUUGCCCGCAGAGUUUGUGGAUAAUUUCGAUGCCAGCUAUCCGGUGUUAGUAGGCGCUCUCAACAUGACCGAGGAGAAUGUUGGCUAUGUCAAUUGCAAGGUGAAGAAACAUCGUUGGUACAAGAAGAUACUCAAGACAGGCGAUCCUCUGAUUGUGUCCAUGGGUUGGCGACGCUUCCAAACUGUAGCCAUUUACGCCAAGGUGGAGGAUAACUUUAGACAGCGCUAUUUGAAGUAUACGCCUAAUCAUGUGACCUGCAGCAUGACCUUCUGGGGACCCAUAACACCACAGAAUACGGGCUUCUUAGCGCUGCAAACUGUGCGGCAGGAUCAGGAGGAAAUGAAGCGUUUGGGUUUCCGCAUUGCAGCCACAGGUUGCGUCACCGAGUUGGACAAAUCGUCGCAGAUUAUGAAGAAGCUCAAGCUGGUGGGACAUCCCUUCAAGAUAUACAAGAACACUGCGUUUGUAAAGGACAUGUUUAACUCGUCAUUGGAGGUGGCCAAGUUUGAGGGAGCUAAGAUUAAAACCGUGUCAGGCAUACGUGGUCAGAUCAAGAAGGCACAUCAUACACCCGAAGGUUCCUAUCGUGCCACUUUUGAAGACAAAAUUCUGCUUAGCGAUAUUGUGUUCUGUCGUACGUGGUUUACUGUAGAUGUGCCACGCUUCUAUGCGCCUGUUACAACGCUGUUGCUACCGCCCGCGGAGAAGAGUCAAUGGCAGGGCAUGAAGACACUUGGGCAGCUAAAGCGUGAGCGUGCCAUCAAGAAUGAAGCACAGCCGGAUAGCAUGUAUACGGAGAUCACACGCAAGCCCAAGAUCUUCCGUCCAUUAGUCAUACCCAAGGCAUUGCAGCGCGCACUGCCCUAUAAAGACAAGCCCAAGCUGGGUCCAGAGAAUCCUCGCACAGCUUUGGAGCGUGUGGCUGUUAUAAACUCACCCUAUGAGCAGAAGGUAUCCAAAAUGAUGAAGAUGAUUGAAACAAACUAUAAGGACAAGCGUUUCCGCCAACGCAAAGAGACGCAGCAGCGCAUGAAGAAGUUCAAGGCGACUAAACGCGCCGAGGAGGCCUCCAAAAUGAAACGGCAAAAGGAGCUGCGCAAGAAGGUAUCCCGUGCGAUCAGCAAGGUGCGCAACAAAAACAAUAAUUGAUUUAAAUAUAUUCAUAAGU